CGUCCCCGGCCAAAGCAGUUGUGUUACGUUAUUCGCGUUAAAAUUAUUAACCAAAUACCGUCAGCAUGGAAGGUCCGAGUCCGAGUAAACGCAGAAAAAUUGGAGAUGAGGCUCGUGAAAUGAUUGCAAAAGUUUACCGCUUCCUCAAAGACGAAUAUGAAUUCACGGACCUUCAUAAAGAACCAAAUGCUGACAUAACACAUUUGCGUAAUAUUACGCAGCGCACUGCAGAAGCGACCGGAGUAAGUGAAAGAACAGUAUAUAAAAUCUUAAGAGAAGAAAGAGAAAAAUUAAAAGGAAAAUUAGCCACAGCGGGAUCUAGUCAAACCAUAGAACCAAUGCCAUUGAAAGUAGAUCUAUCAGAAGAAAGUGAUGUUGAUGCCGGGGUAAAUGAAAGUACAGAGUCAGAAGUACCAGAAGACGGCAACGUAGUGGCCACAACUAGUAAAGAAAUGGAGCAAAAAUUAAUUAAAAAAGAAAAAGACGUGGCCGUCGAAACUCCAGGGGUAAGUGGAAGAACUGAACGAAUCUUAGUAAUAAAAAUGGGACAUGAUACAUCUGAAGAAUCCACACAAAAAGUAAUAAAAGAGGAAAAAUAUUUGUCACAAGAAAGUAAUGUUCCUAUUAAAUUAGAAAGAUCAUCAGAAGACAGAGUUCUUCCUCCAUCAACAGGAGAAAUACAUAUAAAAGAAGAAAAAGAAGAGAGAAGUUCAUCAGAAGAAAGUGAUCUCCCUCCCUUAACAGAAGAAAUAGAUAUAAAAGAAGGGAGCACAUCAGAUGAAAGUGAUCUCCCUCCAUUAACAGAAGAAACAGAAAUAAAAGAAGAAGGAGAUCUUUCAGAAGAAAGAGACCUCCCUCCAUCAACAGAAGAUGUAAAAGAAGAAACCAGCACAUCAGCAGAAAGUACUACUGCAGAAGAAAAAGACACUUCAGACGACAGUAACACGUCAGAGGAAAGAGAUACCUCAGAAGAGGGAAGCAAUACAUCAGAAGAAAGUAAAACAUCAUCUGAAGAAAGUCAUGUCAAUGCCAAUGGGGAGAGUGAAGGACUGGGUAUAAAUGGAAUAAAAGAAGAGAGUGAUACAAGAGAAGAAAGUGGUGACAUUAGAAGAAGAUAUCGCGACUGGAGUUAGCGAAAUAUUAUUAAAUAAAGAAGUACGAAGUGACGAAGAAACUGACUUGUAAGAGUUACUUCUGACUGCACUGCGUUACAAAAUAAAAAGUUUUCUUAAAGAACUUUGCAGAGAAUGUAUAAUCCUCGAAGAUGAUCAAAAAGUAUAUCUAUCACGUCUAGAUUCUUUGCAAUCUGUUGACAAAGUUGCUAAAACUAAUUCUGUUUUACUAAAACUAUUUUAGGUGCACUGUAUUCCACUCGUCAGGCUCUCUUUAUAACUCUUUUGAUUGACAGUGUAUGUUUCUUCAGAGAUGUGCAGUUUUCCUUCUAUUUUUUCCAUGCAUAGGAAUUCCAAUCCAAUCAAAAUAAAUUUCUUCUUAGUUUUUUAAGAAAACGGCAAUGUUUCAGAAGGCACCAACAUCGUGUAACGCAGUCUUAUAAUUAUUGAAAGUCUUAAUUUAAUUAAGAACUAAUUUAAUUUUAAUACAAUUGAAUUGAAUUGAAUUUCAAA